AUGUUUGUCACAGAAUAUCACUGGGGAGUUCUUGUAGACCAGGGGUCAAAUGGAGACUUGUUUUAUGAAAAAGUGAAUUUUACAGAAAAUUUCUGGUCUCCUGUCCUAGUGAAACUUUAACAGAUGUCCUUUUAAGGCGACACAUAUGUUUAAAGGUGCAACACAAAGAAAAUGAAAUUAUUCAGCUCAACAAAACCACAAAUAUUACUUACAGUUGUACCGGCAAAUGUUUGUCACAGAAAAUCACUGGGGAAUUCUUGUAACCCAGGGGACAAAUGGAGUUUUGUUUUAUGAAAAAGUGAUUUUUACAGAAAAAUUCUGGUCUCCUGUACUUAAAAAACUUGAAUCUUUUUUUGACACAUUCCUUGUUUAUGAACUUGCUUAUCCAAGGGUUCAACAUGGACUAGAACGCAUAGUGUUCUAG